AUGACAGUCUUCGGCUAUACUUUGGCUAUUUUCUGUUUUCACUCUAAAUCUAUUUUUUACGUAAAUAAAACUAUUAAUUUUAAUAAUCUAUUCAAAUUAUAUUUGGAGUUUUUUACUGUCAUAUGUAUAAAUAUAUUUACCUGUAACAAACUUAAAUUUAAGAUAGGUUAAAAAUCUCAUAAUGUUGUCAAGCAUUGUUAAAGAGCACCAAAAUAAACAAGCUGCUAAGAAAGAAUCACAAGAACAAAAACGCAAAGAAGCGGUUCGAGCAGCUAAUAACUUAACACAAGCAUUGGUUGAUCAUCUGAAUGUUCGUGUUGCACAGGCAUAUUUAAACCAGCGAAAAUUAGAUGCCGAAGCUAAACAACUGCAACAAUCAGCAACGGCAUUUGCAAAACAAACACAUUUAUGGUUGAAUUUAGUCGAAUCAUUUUCAAGUGCACUGAAAGAAAUUGGUGAUGCAGAAAAUUGGGCACAGAGUAUUGAAGGUGAUAUGAGAACGAUAGCUACCGCUUUGGAGUACUCUUACAAAGCCAGCCAAGAUGCCCAUGGAUCGAAUGUUAAUUGAUUAAAAUAUAUUUAUUAUAAAAAAAGAAUUGUAUAUAUUAUAAAUUAAUGAUUAAUUAAAUAACUUCUCGAUUUUUUGAAAAUCAUU